AUGGAGGAUGGCGCGCAUCAUGGACGACGGGCCCAUCUCAGGAACAGCUAUGAUAACCGGCGGAGUGAAACAGAGCCGUCUCCUGCCCACGCCCUGCUCUGUCUUGUGUUUCCUGCCGUGCCGAGGGACACCUAUCGUGAUGAGCGUCUUGGCAUCCGCAUCACCAAAAGGAUUGGCAGCCAUCUUCUCAAUAGCCGGCGCAUGCAGUCCCUAACAGGUCUAUCCACGACUACUGUUCACGACCUGCUCUUCGUAAACGACCGCGCGCUCAACACCGCGACAGAAGCAGAUAUGCAAAGAAGCAUGGACCUCUUCGCCUCCGGCUGCGCCAAGUUCGGGCUGACUGCCAACACAGACAAAACGGUGAUUAUGAAUCAACCGCCUUUUAACACCGCAUAUAAUGUGUCUCUGAUCACUGUCAAUGACGCCCAAGAGAAGACCGUGGACGAUUUUGCAUAUUUAGACAGCACACUCUUGUGCUGCGUCAAAAUCGACAAACAGGUUGCUCACUGGAUGUCCAAAGUCAACCAAGUCUUCGGCCGGCUGCAGCGCUCCGUUUGGAAUCGACGCAGUCUCCACCUCAACAGCAAACUGAAAAUGUACAAAGCUGUCCAAUCAGCCAGUAAACUCAAUCGCAUACAUCUAUCUUGUCCCCGACGCAUACUAAGGCAUAGGUGGCAGGACAGUAUCCCGGACAUGGAAAUCUUAAAAAGCACCCGAGUCCCCAGCUUCUGCGCCAUGCUGAGGCGAUUGCAACUACGGCUGAGCGGCCACUUUAUGAGGACGCAUGACGAUCGCCAACCCAAACCACUAUUCUAUGGAGAUCUUGCGCGGGUGCUAAACGACAAGGAGGUCAAACCCGCCGCUAUAAUGACACUUUGAAGAAUUACUCAAAAUGGCUAAAAAUCGACCGAAGACUUGGGGAAGAUCUCGCACAGAACCGACCGACCUAGAGAAGAGCCGUGGAGACUGGAGUAGCGAUAUAGUAGACAAACUGAAUCGUCGCUGCCAAGACCAAAAAGGGAAUUCGCAAGUCACAGGAGCUCCCAACUCACAGCGGCAACCCUCUAACACACUAAAUAUGCUCACGCUGCCGAUGAAGGUUCCGCGUACGGAGAGGCUUCGUCGGACAUCUUCGGAUACAACGCCAGGCAAGAUCUUAUUUCGUAUCCGUACCUAAUCGAAUUAGGGUCGAGGGUUAGGGGUUGGGGUUGGAGGUUAGGUGUCAGAGUUAGGGGUUGAGGUUUGGAGUUGGGGUCAGAGAAUGGGGUUAGGGGUUAAGGUUAGGGGUCGGGAUUGGGGGGUUGGACGUUAGGGGUUAGGGUUAGGGUUUAGGCUGGGACUUCUCUAUUGCAGGUGCGGCUACGAUAUAAAAUUCUACCCAAUUCCACAAAAACCCUAAAACCUCACCUGUUAACACCCGUCAUUACCCAUGCCCCAGUCCCCACGGCGUCUACGACGACGAUCGAACCCACCAUCGGUGACCACGCACCUGACGCCCCGCCGCCGCCGAUUACCGUAAACUUCUUCAUCCCUGACACAACCUCCGCGGCAACGACGAUCACCAUCACAUCACUCACUCUUGCUGCACAUCAAAACGCUCUCGAUAACCCGUUGACCACUGUCCUCCCACUUCCAGCAACAUGGACGCGCUCUUAUUGCGACCUUGUCAGUCACUUGUGAAUCCAUCGCACUGCAGCUGGCGCACCAGAACCAGCUGUCUCUCCAUGCAUCCACCGUCACUGUCCACGUCCAUUCAUACACCGUUUGGGCGUACCCCCAACAGUAGAAUUUACAGCAAUAUCGACACACCUAGUAUACCCUGGAUAUCCACCAACUCCCCCACCACUAACAGCAUCACACUAACGACCGGAUUCACAUGCCCCAACCUAUCCUGUCCACAAUGUCACCGUACGUCUACCCCACCGCAUCGGACUGAUCGGUCGCUUGCGAAUACAUCCCACAGUGACUGGCGAACCAGCAGCUGGAGCACAAACAUAUUCCAGAGGUAAUCUGCGCAACUGUUCACAUUGUUAUCUCACAUUCAGCCAUCGCAAGGGUCUAUUCUGUCGUAUGCACCCUCAUGAAAACCUGUGAGGAAUCACUGAAGACACGACCACAUCACCACACGCUUCCCUACUAACACAUGCACCAAGCGCAAACACCUCCGGCAUCCCACAACACCAACACCAUGCGGCUUCUUCGCUGCUUUUGAGAUCCGAGCGCUCUGCCCCUAUGUGUGUAAACUCCUGGUGUGCGCAUGGAGGGCUAGGUCGUGUGCGUGGCCCGCGCAGACGAGCUGUUCUCAGCCACGUCAGUCAUCUCUUCCACUCUCAGCAUCAAUUGGUCGACCGGUUUGGAUGGUCGAUUGGUGCGCUGGAUAGGGUAGAGUAGGUGAUGUCGACACUCAGCACGUACUUCCUCACUGCUGGCAAUCUGAUGCGCUUGAGUCUAUCCCGGCGGGCUGAAAGCCGCGCACUGAAAAGUUGUCAACUGACGAUUCAACACGGACCUCGUGUCAACCCAGUGUGGUUGUGAGUUGAGUGGCCGAUUUGUGGACUACAGUGGGUCCUUCCUAAUGUGGCCUGUUUUUCCCUCCCACACUUUUGGGUUCCAAGCCCCCCCUUCUCUCAUUGCAUGAAGUCCUGAUCAUCCGUUUGUAAACCAAGGGGUGUGGCGGCACGCCUUGGUGCGGGUCUUCAUCAUGCCAACCACUUAUGCCCUCUUCCACCUCCAGUCAUCUCGCUCUCUCUUGACGCCGGGUUCAGAUGAGAGGAAGGAGGGGAGAAUGUAGUAGACGCAGAGCACCUCUGCUAUCACUUUGAAGCAACUCACGUGAAAUUCGUCGUCCCUGCGCUCAUUCCGCGGUUGAGCACACGGUGGACAUCGUCGGAAUCGACGGCGAAGAGUCACAGUCAAUGGCAUCUAGCUGGUAAUAUGCGUUGAUAGGAAAAGCUGUUGGGGAAUGUUUGCGAAUUUUAGAUCUCAGGAUGUGACAUUUGAAACCGGCGCAUGUAACUGGCCGACCCCAGGCUCUACAGGUUUUUCCUUAGGAGGAAUUCUUCAGGGGUAGCCCCCGGAUGACCUGUUAUGAUUAAGCGAAAAAGUUGUUAUCUUUAAGUAAUACGGUGUGGACGUCUCAAGUUAUUGACCACUGGUUAGAACAAAACAGUCCGAUUGUCAACGCAAUUCUUGGAGAAACUUAAAGGAGCACUAUCCGACUCUGUCUCUGAGGAUGGAAUCGGGUGAGAAUCAGAAACGUCAGGCUAAUAAAGCUCUUGUUCCAGCAAUCGUGUCCCCUUCGCGACUACUUCUCAGAACUCGCCCCUUCGCUUCUAUUAGCAAGUUGCUUGCCAAGCGGCGUCAUGGUAUCUUUUGAUGUCACGUCCCUUUUACUUCUAUUCCACAGGACAUGGCAGUCGAGACUACAGAACUACCCCUACGAGACAAAUACGACAAAACUGAGAAUGGCCUCGAAUACGCCAAACUCCUUCGACUCCUGAGGUUCUGCCUCAAGGCAUUCUUUACCUUCGACGGAACAAUCUGCGAGCAGCUGAGAACAUGCCAAUGGGCUCGUCGAUUUCAGGACUCAUCGCCGAGGCGGUCCUACAACGGCCGGAGUCACUGGUUUUGGACACCAUGGACCGAAAUUCUGGGCCUAAUCUGUGGACGAUACCUUCGUCAUAAUCGAACGGGAUCAGGUUCUGACAUUCAAAGAACGUCUUAAUGGCGUCUUCAUGGACAUACAAUUCACAAUGGUGGAGGAGGAGAAGGGCGAGGAGGAGGAGGAGGAGAAGGAGGAGGAGGAGGAGGAGGAACAAAAUAGCCAACUAGCCUACCUCUACGUCCUCGUUUGCCGGAAAGAUUGUGGUGGUCUAAAAGCUAAAUGA